AUGCGCAGUCUGCAGGCCACUCGGGCUUUGAUGGUGGCUGCAAUACUCCUGGGCCUUGUCGCUGUAUUUGUUGCUGUGACUGGCAUGAAAUGCAUGAAGUGCAUGGAAGAUGACCAGGUGAAGAAGAUGCGGAUGGCUGUCUUUGGUGGGGUGAUCUUCAUCAUUGCAGGUUUGGCAGCGCUGGUGGCCACGUCAUGGUAUGGCAACAGAGUGGCUCGGGCCUUUUACGACCCUUUCACUCCUGUCAACACCAGAUUUGAGUUUGGAUCAGCUCUCUUCAUUGGCUGGGCAGCUGCUUCUCUGGCCAUGCUGGGGGGAGCCUUCCUCUGCUGCUCCUGUCCACGGAGAGAAACUUCAUAUCCACCCACCCGAGGCUAUCCAAAAAAUGCCCCCUCCACAGGGAAGGAUUAUGUAUAAUGAAACAAAGAAGAACCGCCAGCACUGGUAGUGAAAGCAUUUUGGAGAGGACACUACAAUGCCACUGUCCUGAGCAGAGUUCAGACUCUAGGUUCUGCCUUCCUCUUCUCCCAAAAAUGUGUAUAUUUUUGUAAUCCUCUUUGCUACUGGACAUAACUUCUCCUUUCUCUCCCAGCCCAUGGAGGAAGGCUAGCCUAGGUUCAUAGGUAUUGCCACUGGAAAGAUGAAACCUCCAAGCUUGGGUUAAGUUUAGUAUUUGGGAGUAAAAGGGAAAAUGAUACUUUUUUUUAGAUGGAUGUUGGUGCUUUUUUUAGUUUUUUUAAAAAUAGAUGGUAACAAUUCAGUCCCAUAUCCCAUUAAGUUAGAGCCCAGUGUGGUGUGUGUAGAAAUUAAAGGAACAUAUAUACAAAGCGAUGAAACCAAUAGCUUAAGGGGAAACAUAAUUUUCGGGAAAAGACUACAUGUAGGAAUGUUUGAAGAGAUCUAAAGUGCUCUUGUACUGUCUUCUUGGCAUCAUCUUCACACCCUCCUUUCUGUGCAGAUUGGCAUGACAAAGGGUCAGACACAAUUAAAUUGCUGUGACUUAACAAAUUGAAACCUGUAACUGUCCAUGCAUGCGCUGUUGGCCAACAGAAGAUGCAGUGUAAGGUGGCUUGGCUUAACUGUAUGUCAUCACUCUUUUGACAAGAUCUUGUAAGUUGAUUGUGUCAACUUGCAGCCUUUGGCUGCAAAAUCGUAACUACAGAGGUUAGGAAACUCCCAAAGCAGCUGCAGGUUUCCCUGGUGCCAGGGAAGAGCUAAAGGAAAAUGAUUGCCUUCUGUGUCUCUGGUGGGGCUCUUGCUGCUGUUCCUUAGACACUGAGUGCUGCCAGUGAUUGUUUCUCCAUGUUCCCACCCUCGUACCUAACUGGGUUUGAAGCUUUAUCCCCUUGUGUGUGUUACAGGCCACUUUUUAACAAACUCUCCUAUUUCCUUGAGUUUCUUUCAUUUGGGCUUAGUUACCGAUCUCAGUUUGCCUUACGCAGCUAAAUGUUAAACCAAACUGAAUGCACUGCCACUCCCUGAUGUUUCCCCAAGGAUACCUCACAUGCUGCCAUUUGAUCCUGUCUUUUUUUCUUGUAAACGCUUUCAGUAAUAUGAAGGCAAAUUCCAAGGAAACUGACCCAAAAGUUAUGGCAUUUUCUUUUAAUCCAAGCUCACCAAAGAGGAAGAAACUAGC